AUGCCUGUUUUCCAAACAAAGCGGUUCAGGCCGUCGACAUCCGCAGGUUCAACCCUCGGCGACCGGAUCGGCCAAAUGUACCGAGCACAUUUAUCCAAGCACCCAUUUUUACUAUUUGGUCUUCCGUUCCUUAGUCUGAUGGUUGCCGGCUCUUUUGUUUUGACUCCUGCAACUGCUCUACGGUACGAGCGGCAUGACCGGAAGGUCCAGCAAGUCAGCCAGCAAGAAGCAUUGGCUCUUGGGAUCAAGGGCCCCGACGGUGAUGGGGAGAAUGAUAUUAAAAUGAAUCCACGGAGAAGAGUUUUGGGCAGUGAAAAAGAAGAAUAUUACCGAGUGCAGCGAUGGAAGGGAGAACCCGAUGGUAGGCUCAGUUAA